AUGGCUGGAUUGUGGCAGCAGCGUUGCUCCCUGCGGCAGGGCCGAGCUCUGGCUCUCCUCCACCUCAUCGCUCUGCUCUACCCACCCUCGGGUGCUCUUCCUUGGGAUACCAAAGGCAGCCCACCCCUUCUGGAGGGCUUUCGGGUGGUGAGGGGGAAUUUCUCCAGGAGUUUCCUGCAGGUUGGCUAUCAUAAGAUUGCAGAGAUUCCUGCAGGAGCACGCAAUGUCAGCAUAAGGGAGACAGUGAAGAGCCGAAACUACCUGGCUCUGAGGACCCAAAGCGGCCUCUCUGUCGUCAACGGCGACUGGGUGAUUGACAGGCCGGGGAGCUUCGCUGCUGCGGGGACACAGCUGAAGUACCAGAGACCCAACGAAAUCCGCUCUCGUAAUGGAGAAUCCAUCACUGCCUCCGGGCCGCUGACCGAGAACCUACAUGUUUAUCUGAUCUACCAGCAACCAGGUCCCAGCGUACACUAUGAGUACAUCGUGCCUUUAAAGAACACCCCCCCAACUCCUGAGCCAGAUCCACCAUCUGACGUCUUGCCCCUGGUUGCGACAGUAGGCCCAUCCCACUCAGGGGAGAAGGGCCACCAAGGUGACCUCACCAACAAUGACAUCAUCAAAGAGACAGCCCACCCUAACCAGGUUCCCACUGACCCCCGGCCCGCCUACGCCUGGACAAAGAGUGGGCACACAGAGUGCAGCGCCUCCUGUGGCGCAGACUCCGAGACAACUGUUCCUUCUGACCUCUGUGACCCCGCUCUUGAGCCAACGGACCAAGAAGAAGACUGCAACACCCAGCCCUGUCCUGCAUACUGGGACGUGGGGGAGUGGUCGGAGUGCAGCAGGAGGUGCGGACCCGGCACUCAGCACCGACAGGUCAUCUGCCGCCGGGUCACCCGCGUUCGCACCAACGGGACGGAGACCUCGGUCACCGUGGCUGAAGAGCUGUGCGGGUCCCCCGACAGGCCGGUGACCACGUCCACGUGUCAGCUGAAGAUCUGCAGCCAGUGGGAGAUGCGAUCCGAGUGGAGCCCGUGUUCGGUGCCGUGUGGGGUGGGCCAGCGUAGCAGGGAGGUGGUGUGCGUGAGCAACCAGGGAGACGUGGAGGAGGAUGAGGAGUGCAACAUGAACCUCAAGCCAGAUACGCUGGAGAACUGUGACAUGGGAGUCUGUGCACGCAGCUGGUUCACAUCCCUCUGGAGCCAACGGUGCUCUGCGGAAUGUGGUCGUGGCAGUCGAACCCGGACGGUGCUCUGCCUGAUGGAUCACGUGACUGAUCUCCCGUUGGACAUCUGCGAAGGGCAACGCCCAGCAGAGGCGAUAUCGUGCGAGUCGGGCCCGUGCCAGAACCGCCUGGAAUGGUCCACUGGACCCUGGAGUCAGUGUUCGGCAGAGUGUGGGAAUGGCACACAGACCCGGAGUGUGGUUUGCAUUUUUAACAAUGACGAUGGUCUCGCGGAGGUCGCGGACUGGGUGAAAUGCUCCAGCCUCUCUCAGCCAAUCACAGCUCAGCCAUGCAGACUGAAGCCAUGCGGCGUGCAGUGGUACGUCACAGAGUGGAGCGCGUGCUCACGCUCCUGUAACGGGGGCUACCGCAUGCGCGAGGUGCGUUGUCUCGCCAAUAACGCCACCCCAAGCGACCGCUGUGACCCCGGUUUGACCCCAGAGGGCCGAGAAGAGUGCAACGAGCAGCCCUGUAUCACCGAGAUGAAUCCAUCAUGCAGUGACCAGUAUCACAACUGCAUGGUGGUGGUUCAAGCCCGGCUCUGCGUGUACACCUACUACAGGAGCGUCUGCUGCGCGUCCUGCUCCCGAGUCAAGAACUCAUACCCCGCCUCUCUUCACAAGAACCACAUCCGUAGAUGA